AAGGAAAGAAGAUAUGCUGGAAGACACAUGGCAUAUGGAAUUUCCAAGAAGAAGUGAUAUGUCAGAUGGUUUGUAUUCCAGCAUUAAUGGUGGGUUCCCAAUGUGGGACAGCUACUCAUUUUUUCAAACUAAACCAAAGAAAGAAGAUUGCAUUGGCCUUGCAGAAGCUAUCACAAAGAGCAUUCUUUCAACAGGGCGUAUAGACCUCCAAAGAAAAUUAUUUUGUAGCAUACAACUGUUUGGUGGUGUUGCUUUGACAGCUGGUCUCAUUUCUGCUGCAGAAGAGAGGUUUGUUUAACUCUUGCUUAUGUAGUAUUAAAGAAAG